UUCAACAAAGACAUUUUUUACAUAAUGAGGACACUAUAAAUUUUGGCGUCGUUUUUCUAAGUCGUAGGGAGUGUAGAACUACUAAUGGCGAACACAAGUGAAAGAAAUGCGACCGUAACACAUAAAUACGAAUGUUCUUCCUAUAUUUCGACCGUAACAGAAAUUUUUGCCUGGCAUGUCUUUUUCGUCGGGUUAACCACUAACCUUGUCUUUCUUUAUCUCGUCUUGAAGAAAUUAGCGUCCGGAUUAAGAAGUGACAAACUGUUUUUAGUGAACAUUGUAGCUGCUAAUAUUCUUUCAAUGCUAGGUAGCUUGCCUGGUGAAGCACUGGGGAGAGGAAAUACCAUGCCUCAUGCUAAAACAUACUGUAUUUUUUAUCAUGCAGCCAAUUUCAUCUCGCUUUUCAACAACCUUACGUCAAUGGCUGCUUUGUGUUACAAUAUGUACGAGAAUGUCAUUAAAUACCCUGGAAACAGAUUACUUACUCUGGCCUUGUCGUUAAAGAUCGUCGUAGGUAGUUGGGUGCUAUCUCUGGUGCUUGUUCCAACAGCACAAUCAGGUUUUCUUGUCGCUGAUACAAAAGGAUUUGGCAUGUGUAAAGUAGGCAAUAACAAAGUUCCUUUAGUCGAAGAAAUCGUGUCCUUCUUUUCUUUGAUAGUGGUUGUCAGUAUUUGGAUUACAGUAACAAGUGUAAUAAUGAUUAAAUCUCUUACUGGAAUAACAUCUAAGUUAAAUGAACAUAUUUCGAGAACUGAACAGGUCUUACAUAAUGCAUCAAGAAUAAAGGCAAUAAGCUUUAAAAAGCAAACACUGGUAAUGGUUUCCUGUUAUUCUAUCAGUUGGAUUCCAUUUGGUGUUGCAGCAUUAUUGACAGCAAUAGAUUUUAUUUCAUUUCAUUCCUGUGUUUAUUUUAUUUGUCUUGUUGUAGCACAUGUUAGUGCAGCAACUACUCCGAUAAUAUACUUAACCAUUGACAAACGCUUUAAAGUGAAGUGUUGUGGGAACACUAGGCAAAAAACGCCACGUCAGGUUGGAGCGAACUGAGCGAACCUUCCUCUUUGAGGUAGAAAAAUGACUUCAUCUUUAAAUAACGAGAAUGUAUAGUAGACGUAAAAGAAUCGACGUGCUAGUCCUAUGACGAUAAAGGUUGU